GAUAAAAGCACAGUUCGUUUGUGGAAAUUGCAGAAAAAAACAGCAGCAGAAUUUAACAGCAGAUACGUGUUCUUUGUUGGUGAAGAGAAUAUUUUAAAAAGAAAAACUAAAGAGUUUAAAGACAAACAAUAAUACAAAAUGCAGAUCUUUGUGAAAACCUUGACUGGUAAGACCAUCACCCUGGAAGUCGAGCCAUCCGACACCAUUGAGAACGUGAAGGCCAAGAUCCAGGACAAGGAGGGAAUCCCCCCAGACCAGCAGCGUCUCAUCUUCGCCGGCAAGCAGCUCGAGGAUGGCCGCACCCUGUCGGACUACAACAUCCAGAAGGAGUCGACCCUCCAUUUGGUGCUGCGUCUCCGCGGAGGAAUGCAGAUCUUUGUGAAGACUCUGACCGGCAAAACCAUCACCCUGGAGGUUGAGCCAUCCGACACCAUUGAGAACGUGAAGGCCAAGAUCCAGGACAAGGAGGGAAUCCCCCCAGAUCAGCAGCGUCUUAUCUUCGCCGGCAAGCAGCUGGAGGAUGGUCGCACCCUGUCGGACUACAACAUCCAGAAGGAGUCGACCCUCCAUUUGGUGCUGCGUCUCCGCGGAGGAAUGCAGAUCUUUGUGAAGACUCUGACCGGCAAAACCAUCACCCUGGAGGUCGAGGCAUCUGACACCAUUGAGAACGUGAAGGCCAAGAUCCAGGACAAGGAGGGAAUCCCCCCAGACCAGCAGCGUCUCAUCUUCGCCGGCAAGCAGCUGGAGGAUGGCCGCACCCUGUCGGACUACAACAUCCAGAAGGAGUCGACCCUCCAUUUGGUGCUGCGUCUCCGCGGAGGAAUGCAGAUCUUUGUGAAGACUCUGACCGGUAAAACCAUCACCCUGGAGGUCGAGCCAUCCGACACCAUUGAGAACGUGAAGGCCAAGAUCCAGGACAAGGAGGGAAUCCCCCCAGACCAGCAGCGUCUUAUCUUCGCCGGCAAACAGUUGGAGGAUGGCCGCACUCUGUCUGAUUACAACAUCCAGAAGGAGUCGACCCUCCAUUUGGUGCUGCGUCUCCGCGGAGGAAUGCAGAUCUUUGUGAAGACUCUGACCGGCAAAACCAUCACCCUGGAGGUCGAGCCAUCUGACACCAUUGAGAACGUGAAGGCCAAGAUCCAGGACAAGGAGGGAAUCCCCCCAGACCAGCAGCGUCUCAUCUUCGCCGGCAAGCAGCUGGAGGAUGGCCGCACCCUGUCGGACUACAACAUCCAGAAGGAGUCAACUCUCCAUUUGGUGCUGCGUCUCCGCGGAGGAAUGCAGAUCUUUGUGAAGACUCUGACCGGUAAAACCAUCACCCUGGAGGUCGAGCCAUCCGACACCAUUGAGAACGUGAAGGCCAAGAUCCAGGACAAGGAGGGAAUCCCCCCAGACCAGCAGCGUCUCAUCUUCGCCGGCAAACAGUUGGAGGAUGGCCGCACUUUGUCUGAUUACAACAUCCAGAAGGAGUCGACCCUCCAUUUGGUGCUGCGUCUCCGCGGAGGAAUGCAGAUCUUUGUGAAGACUCUGACCGGUAAAACCAUCACCCUGGAAGUCGAGCCAUCCGACACCAUUGAGAACGUGAAGGCCAAGAUCCAGGACAAGGAGGGAAUCCCCCCAGACCAACAGCGUCUCAUCUUCGCCGGCAAGCAGCUGGAGGAUGGCCGCACCCUGUCGGACUACAACAUCCAGAAGGAGUCGACCCUCCAUUUGGUGCUGCGUCUCCGCGGAGGAAUGCAGAUAUUUGUGAAGACUCUGACCGGUAAAACCAUCACCCUGGAGGUCGAGCCAUCCGACACCAUUGAGAACGUGAAGGCCAAGAUCCAGGACAAGGAGGGAAUCCCCCCAGACCAGCAGCGUCUCAUCUUCGCCGGCAAGCAGCUGGAGGAUGGCCGCACCCUGUCGGACUACAACAUCCAGAAGGAGUCAACUCUCCAUUUGGUGCUGCGUCUCCGCGGAGGAGUCAGCGCCUAAUUUUGCUAUAUUUAAAAUUAAACAGCCUAAACCACACAGAACUAAUUAUUUCAAGGCUACACAUUCAAGAUUUAUCUGCA